AUGUCUAUCAAUCGUUUUACGGAGGCCAUAAUGGCCUGGAAAUACUCUAUGGGACUCAACAAUGGUCUGCAGCUCCUAGUGGAACACUUCAAGGCGCAGGGAUAUGCCGCGCAUGGUAAGAACUUGAACCGAGUUCCAAAUUGGCUUUUGUACUUCGUAUCUGAUAAAUCAAAUCUAGAUGUCCUGCACGAAAGGUUGCUUUCUUCUGACUUCAAUGAAAGGCUUCUGGGCCUCCUCGUGGGUGAUAGUGAUACAGGCGCAUCCCUUCCGUGCGAAAAGCAGACACUGCUGCCACUGAGCCCUCUAGAUGUAGUGCGCCGGAAGACUGCCUAUCUGGCCUAUAGAAUCGUGGCGCCGUGGCAAGAUUGCUGUCGUUCUCACGCCGAGAUGAUUGCAAUAUUCUGGACCCAGUUCCGACAUCUGCUGGUACGCUUCCCUUCGCCUUUUUCCCGUAUUAAGGCUUACCGUAAUUUUCGCAGCUUUUUAUCUUCCCAUCUUCCGAAAACUUCGCUCGAUGCCCCUGCUGGUAUCGACCGACACCCGCACGGCUUCUCCACCACCAUCCCGGAUGUCUAG